UCCCUCGAGUUUCCUUCCCCCAAUGCCGAUACAUACACUCCAUGCAUUUAAUCCAUUCCUCCAUUUUCUCUCUUUUUCGUUCAGUGUGUGCCCAUUUGAUUUUUGUGUUUAAUUCCAGAUCUGUAUGGUGCCUGUUUGAUAUAUUUAUGCAUGAUUGGGUUCUUAAUAUUUUGAUCAUAUGUUCUGAAAAUUGAGGUUGUUGCUUGAAAACGUUUCUGGGUCUGUGCUGAAAUGACUUGAAAUUUAUGUAAAGCUAGUGUUUGUUUAUAUGCUGCAAUGCUGUGUACUAAAUUGGUGAAUUGGGUUGGAGCUGGUGCAGUGUGUAUAUAGGAGAAUUGGGCGGUUUCGGUUGAAUUGGGGUGGUUGAGAUUUUAUGUUUCGAUAUUAGUCUAGGAUGAUUGUGAGGAAAAGCAUGGGUCGUGCAUCGCCACUGCUUUUGGUGCUUCUAGCACUAGGGUUUUUCUUUGCUACCUAUAAUUUAUUAACUAUGAUAAUGCACAACAGAGGGAGUGGUUUGGGGAAUUGGAUGACAGAUGAUUUCGAUGUCUUUGAUCCCAUUACUAGGAUGACUAAGGAGACAAAGAAAGUGGGGAAUCGUAAUUUGUAUUUCCAUGUCGCCCUUACGGCAACUGAUGCUCCCUAUAGUCAAUGGCAGUGUCGGAUUAUGUACUAUUGGUAUAAGAAAGUGAAAGACAUGCCUGGAUCAGAAAUGGGAGGGUUCACCCGGGUAUUGCAUUCAGGAAGUCCUGAUAGUUUGAUGGAUGAGAUUCCGACUUUUGUGGUUUAUCCCCUUCCUGAUGGGCUGGAUCGGGGAUACAUUGUCUUAAAUAGACCAUGGGCAUUUGUGCAAUGGCUGGAAAAAGCUACAAUUGAGGAAGAAUAUAUUCUAAUGGCAGAGCCUGACCACAUAUUUGUAAAUCCUUUACCUAACUUGGCACAUGGAGGCCAUCCAGCAGGGUUCCCAUUUUUCUACAUCAAACCGGCUGACAAUGAGAAAAUUAUAAGGAAGUUUUAUCCCAAGGAGAAGGGUCCUGUCACCGAUGUUGAUCCAAUUGGAAAUUCUCCUGUAAUUAUUGAAAAGUCCCAACUGGAGGAAAUUGCACCUACAUGGAUGAAUAUUUCUUUGAGAAUGAAAGAUGAUCCAGAGACAGAUAAAGCUUUUGGAUGGGUGCUAGAAAUGUAUGCAUAUGCUGUUGCAUCUGCAUUGCAUGGUGUGCAGCAUAUCCUUCGUAAAGACUUCAUGCUACAGCCUCCAUGGGAUUUGGAAGUUGGGAAGAAGUUUAUUAUCCAUUAUACAUAUGGAUGUGACUACAAUUUGAAGGGAGAGCUGACAUAUGGAAAGAUUGGAAAAUGGCGUUUUGACAAGAGAUCAUUUCUUAGUGGCCCUCCACCAAAGAAUCUCACCCUACCUCCUCCAGGUGUUCCUGAAAGUGUGGUAAGACUUGUACAAAUGGUGAAUGAGGCUACUGCUAAUAUUCCUGGGUGGGAUGUGGAGUAAAUAGUGGCUUUGAUCAAAGGAAGACAACAAGCGUGGAUCCUUAUUUUGGUUACUAAUAUCAGUGGCCCUGAGAACAAAUCCAUGGAUACAAAUUACAGGUAACAGAAAGGAACAGUCUGCAUAGAUAAAAGAAAUGUCCUGAUAUGUCAAAUAACAGAUAUUUUGUUAUUCACAUUUCUAAAUUUAAACCAUGGAGACCACUAAAUUUUUUUGUAUAAAUAUUUUUUUACAUUCCUUGGAUUGAGUUUAUAGUUCAAGUUUUUGCUUAUCAAAUUGUUCAGUGCCUCCUCUAAACUGAAAACUCUUUGUAGUCAUGAUACCCUUUUGAAUUAUAUACAUAUUUGGACAUGUAUACCUUUCA